UUGUUUGAUUCCUUGAAAAGAAGGUAUCUUUUGAGUGCUGGGGAGAGAGUCAAUGAGUGUUUAAUUCCCAGCCAGAGAAUCUAAAAGUGGCAUAUGAAGAUAAGGUACUACUAUAUUACAGUUCAUGAGAGAGAUGAUGAAAAAAAGACAGUACUGGAAGAGAAAGAAAGAGAUAUGCGUACUUCUUUAGUUAUUCUUCUUCUUCAUGUACUUGCAAGUUUUGUGGGAUUCUGUAGUUGCCAGAAUGGGAAUAAUGGUUUCAGCAGGAAUGAUUUCCCAACUGACUUUGUUUUUGGUUCUGGAAGCUCAUCCUAUCAGAUAGAAGGAGCAGUUAAUGAGGAUGGAAGAACUCCGAGCGUAUGGGAUACCUAUACUCAUGCUGGAAAAAUGCCGGACAAAAGCACAGGCGACAUAGCUAUUGAUCAAUACCACAGAUAUAAGGAAGAUGUUCAACUCAUGGUGGACACAGGUUUAGAAGCCUAUAGAUUUUCUAUCUCAUGGCCAAGGCUUAUACCAAAUGGAAGAGGACCUGUUAAUCCAAAGGGUUUAGAGUACUAUAACAACCUCAUCAAUGAACUAAUCAGCCAUGGAAUUCAAGCACAUGUUACACUUUUUCAUUAUGAUCUUCCUCAGCCACUCGAAGACGAAUACGGAGGAUGGUUAAGCCGCAAGAUUGUGAAAGACUUCACAGCAUUCGCUGAAAUCUGUUUUAAAGAAUUUGGUGACCGAGUUUCGACUUGGACCACAAUAAAUGAGCCUAAUGUGUUCGUUAUGGGAGCCUACGACUUGGGAUUUCUGCCGCCGCAAAGAUGUUCCUCACCAUUUGGGAUCUUCAACUGUACAAAUGGUGGAGAUUCCACAACAGAGCCUUACCUAGUUGCGCAUAAUUGUAUUCUAGCUCAUGCAUCAGUAGCAAGAUUGUACAAAAACAAGUACCAGGCUAAACAACAUGGGCUCAUAGGAAUCAACCUCUUCGGUUAUGGUUUAAGUCCCCAAACAAACUCAGUUGAAGAUGUUGCAGCAACUCAAAGGGCCAACGAUUUCUAUAUGGGUUGGUUUGCUAGUCCUUGUGUUUAUGGUGACUAUCCUGAAAUAAUGAAGAGAAAUGUUGGCUCAAGACUUCCUUCUUUCACCUCAUAUGAAGCAAAACUUGUUAGCGGCUCAUGUGAUUUCUUUGGAUUGAACCAUUAUGCUUCGUCUAACGUAAAGGACAAUCCGGAAAGCCUAAAGAUCCAACAAAGAGAUUUAUCUAUGGAUAUGGCUGUGCAGUUCGUAUCUAAUUGGUCGACUGGUAAAGGAUCAGUGUUGCCCGAUCAAUUCCCUGUUACACCGUCGGGGUUGCAAGGACUUCUGGAGUAUUUUAAGCAAGAUUACGGGAAUCCUCCCAUAUAUAUUCAUGAAAAUGGUCAAAGGCUCUUAGCAGCACCACGUGACAAGUCAAUAAAUGAUACAUCGAGAGUGAACUACUUGAAGGGUUACAUUGGAGGUGUGCUUGAUGCUUUGAGGAACGGAUCCAACACAAAAGGUUACUUCACAUGGAGUUUUAUAGACUCAUUCGAAUUGUUAGACGGCUACAGAUCGAACUUUGGCCUUUACUAUGUAGAUUUGGUCAAUGACCCGGAAUUGAAGAGAUAUCCAAAACUUUCAGCACAUUGGUAUUCCAAUUUUCUCAAGGGAGGGUAUAAGAAAACUAGCGUCAUUUCUCUUCAAACUGAUGAAAUUUCUAAGUUCUCAGAUUAGAAAGUUGUGCGUAUUAGGAAGCUUGUCAUCAGAAACCAGGUAUAUUAAGUUCGUGACACUACCCUCAUUGUUACUAGCGAUUCAGUACCUUUUUCAUGGACCUUAUCUAGGCAUAAGCCAUGCAUGGACUUUACAUAUGCAUAGUAAAAUUUAUUUUCCAAUAUGGAGAAUAUGAGAAGUUUGGUUAAUAAGAAUAUAAGAAUCAUACGGGAGUGUUUCUGCCAUUGAUGAUAAUACUCGUUAGACAUUAUUAUUAAUGUAACCCCAAUAAAAUGAGAGAAGUAUUUAAUUAUCAAUACCAUCACUUAUUGUCUAUUUGAUCUCUCA